AUGCAGCACUACAGCCACGUGGUGUGCGGUGGCACGGGGCGGGGGCGCGCGGCGCUGGUGGAGAAGAUUGCUGAGCUGGCGAUGCAGGUCCACCCCACCCGGCCGCAGCUCGUCCUGCGCCACGCCGUGCCCGCGUCGUUCGCGCUGCUCCACGAGGCGCGCGCCGACAUGCGCGCCUCCAACGCGCGCCUGAUGGCGGCGCUGGCGGCGCUGCUCGGCCCCGCGGCGCUGCAGGAGCAGGUGGCGGCGCUGCCCAGCCCCACUUCGCAGCAGCGGGCCAAGGAGCUGCUCGCGAUAGGCCCAGCCGGCAGGUAG